AUGGCAAAAAGGAUGAUGGAGAGAUGGAGAGAAGAGGGUCUUAUUACCAGUGAGCACCUGGCCGAAAUGCAGCAAGACGCAGACAGUAUAAUAAUUCCUCUCAGCAUCACUCCAUUGCAUAACAAAAUUGGAAAGGGCUUUCUGUUCACAAAGGCAGACGAAUGGAAGUCCUGGUGUUUGAUUUACUCUCCCAUUCUCCUGGCUGGUCAUUUACCAUCAGAAGACCUCUGUGACUGGAUGGAGUUUGUUCACGUGUGCAAGUACUUGACAAGACCAAGUAUAACUGUCGAAGACUUACAUGUGCAUGAUUUUUUGGAGUCGUUUGGUCAAAAGUGUCACGUUAGGUUCGGGAAGAAUUUCAUAUUGCCCAACAUGCAUCUACACCUGCAUCUCAAAGAAACCGUCCUCAACUUUGGCCCUGUGUAUGGGUACUGGCUCUUCAGCUUUGAGAGAUACAAUGGCGUAUUAAAAAACUAUGCUACAAAUAACAAAGAUGGAUUUGAAGGCACGUUCAUGCGAAGAUACCUUGAGGACACGCGCAAGAUAGAUCUUUUUCGUACAACAAUGCAAUCUCUCCAGAUCUCCUCUCAAGUCUCUUUGAUAUAUGAGCUCGUUGAUUCAUUUCUGAUUCUUGUCACUGUCACUGCUGCUAUCACUACCACUAUUGUUCCUGCUGCACUGUACUUGUCGACCACUUCUUCUGGUUUCAAUCUGAAGACCUUCCUUGAUUCUGCUGAAGUGAACAUCGACAAUGUCAAAGGCAACGAGCCAUUGCUUCCUUCUGCCUUCCCUCUCAGUAUUGAUGAGUUUGUUCCAAUGAAAGAAGACGAGUAUGCCCUUCUGCUCAAGUUCUACUGUACGGCGUACAGCAAUACUUUGUUGACAGGUUACCAAGACGCAAUAUUUGGCCAAUUGUUCGUGAACAACAUGAUUCAGAAGAUGCAGUCCAUCAAUCUUCUUGGCCAGAUCCAAUAUCUUUUUGUCAGCAAUAUCAUCAACCCAGUUACAUACCAAGCAGACAGACAUACAUUCGCAUAUGUCAGGUGGUAUAGAACGUCUAGCCAGGAUACAAGAAGUGAGCAGUUUGUGGAGAUGAGCAAAUUUUCGUUUACAAGAAGCGAUUUUCAAAACAUCUUACCUGUUCACCGCAUAUUGAUGCCUGCUGCUAUUGGUGUACAUACAACUGUCACCGGUAAUACCCAUAUGCUCAUUGCCCCUUUAUAUAGAAAAAUUUAUGCAUAA